GUCUCUUCAGAACAAGAGGACUACAUUUCCCAGGGGGCUGCGGGGCUGCCGGCGGCGUGGGGGCGGUGCCUCACGUCUGGUACAGUCAUCCCAAGCCUCUUCGGCGGGACUGUGAUGGCCGGAGAGAUGACGAUCUUAGGAUCAGCUGUUUUGACUCUCCUGUUGGCUGGCUAUUUGGCACAACAGUAUUUACCAUUGCCUACUCCUAAAGUGAUAGGCAUUGACCUGGGCACCACCUACUGUUCUGUUGGGGUGUUUUUUCCUGGCACAGGAAAAGUAAAGGUCAUUCCAGAUGAAAAUGGGCAUAUCAGCAUACCCAGCAUGGUGUCCUUUACUGACAAUGACGUAUUUGUGGGGUAUGAAAGCUUAGAGCUGGCAGAUUCAAAUCCUCAGAACACAAUAUAUGAUGCCAAAAGAUUCAUAGGCAAGAUAUUUACCCCAGAAGAACUGGAGGCUGAAAUUGGCAGAUACCCAUUUAAGGUUUUAAACAAAAAUGGGAUGGUUGAGUUUUCUGUGACAAGUAAUGAGACCAUCACCAUUUCCCCAGAAUAUGUUGGCUCUAGACUGUUGUUGAAGUUAAAGGAAAUGGCAGAGGAAUAUCUUGGAAUGCCAGUCGCCAAUGCUGUUAUUUCUGUACCAGCAGAAUUUGACCUAAAACAGAGAAAUUCAACAAUUGAAGCUGCUAACCUUGCAGGACUGAAGAUCUUGAGGGUAAUAAAUGAACCCACAGCCGCAGCCAUGGCCUAUGGCCUCCACAAGGCUGAUGUCUUUCAUGUUUUGGUGAUAGAUUUGGGUGGAGGAACUCUAGAUGUGUCAUUGCUGAAUAAACAAGGAGGAAUGUUUCUAACCCGAGCAAUGUCUGGAAACAAUAAACUUGGAGGACAGGACUUCAAUCAGAGAUUGCUUCAGUAUUUAUAUAAACAGAUCAAUCAGACGUAUGGCUUCCUGCCCUCCAGGAAAGAGGAAAUUCACAGAUUAAGACAAGCUGUGGAAAUGGUCAAAUUAAAUCUCACUCUUCAUCAGUCUGCUCAGAUGUCAGUAUUAUUAACGGUGGACGAAAAGGACAGGAAGGCACCUGAGAGUAAUGACACUGAACUGCCAAAUGACAGACUUUCCCCAGUGGAUGGCCACCAUGUGAACAGUGUGUUUGGAGCUGGCCUUUCUGAAAAGAAAAGUGGAGAAAGUCAGGUUUUAUUUGAAGCAGAAAUAUCACGGGAGCUCUUUGAUACCCUUAAUGAAGAUCUCUUCCAGAAAAUACUCAUACCCAUUCAGCAAGUGUUAAAAGAAGGCCACCUGGAGAAGUCUGAGAUUGAUGAGGUGGUUUUGGUUGGGGGUUCUACUCGGAUUCCUCGAAUCCGCCAAGUCAUUCAAGAGUUCUUUGGAAAGGAUCCCAACAUAUCUGUAGACCCUGACCUGGCAGUGGUGACAGGAGUUGCUAUCCAAGCAGGGAUUGAUGGAGGCUCUUGGCCUCUCCAAGUCAGUGCUUUAGAAAUUCCCAAUAAGCAUUUGCAAAAGACCAACUUCAACUGAAUGAUGGAGGAAUGAUUAUUUGUGAUUGUCUGAUAGUCUCUUCUUUAUCAGACCACCUCCUCCAAUAAAGUCUCAAAUGUCUUACAGAUUUACCAAGAAGGCAACAUUUAGAUACAUAAAAAUUUUACAUAACAUUUUGUUUUAGGAUUAAAUGUGACCAGAUUGAUCCUGUCUGAUUUUGGAGAGAUGCUAUUCCAAUUAAUACUUAUAAAGGAAUUGAGGUAAAAUUCUCUUAUAGGAGCAUGGGUAGCUGUAUUUUCUGGAUUCUGGAAGUAGGUAACCAUGUGUACUUAAAAUGAUAUUCUGUAAACAUUGCCUAGUACCAAUUACAAGAUUCCCAGUUCUUUCUAAAUUAUAUUAGCCAGAGCUGGUAAUUUAUUUCUUUGGUUCUUACAUGUAACUAUUAAUUGAACUAUACUUGAAGGACAGUGUUGAU